AUGCGGGAUUACGGGUGCGGGAUCCGCGAGAUUCGCGGGACUGAAAAAAGCGUGCAUGCGACAUCUCGCGUUCCACCAAAAAGUUUACUUCGAAAAGAAAUUAAAGAUUUUGUAACGAGCAAUGAUUAUGAAGAGGCUGAUCAAAAAGAUUAUAUUUAUACUUUAUCAAUAACGCCUUCUACAAUUCCUUGUUAUCAAUUUCAGAUCCUGCUCCUGCUGCUAGUGGCAGCAGCUGUGCAGUGCCAUAGCAGCCAUCACGGUAGGAGUCAUGGCCGCUACCAUCGCCCCAACGACUACCACAGAAGACAUGACUCUCGAGAGAAACAUCGACAUCACAAUUACCAUGACAGUCCAGACAGUUUUGAAGAUUCAUCAAAAGAUUUGGAAGACGAUGUAAAUCCUAGUCGUACUCCACGCAGUGAAUUGGAAAAUUUUGUUGUAGAUCUAAAACCUAUUGACAAUCCAGUUACAGACAGCGAUCUAACUGGUAAUAAAUCAGCCAUGGACACCGAGGUUGAUAAAAAGGCUAACGAUAUGGACAAAGGGUAUAGUGGAAUAAAAGUAGACGAUAUUACAUCAGAUGAUGCCGGACCUAGCAAUUUGGAAGGCGAUACUAAUGCAACAAAUGUAAAUGGAAUGUCAUUAAACUCAAACGACAUGCCAAAGAGCGAUGAAACCAUUAGUGGUAACGGAUUUUCACCAAAUGAAGGCGGUAAUGUAGGAAAUAAUUUAGAGUCUAAUUUAGGUGCUGACUCAGGAAAUCAUAAGUUUGGUGGAAAUACAGGCGUUAAUUUAGGAGGUAACUUGGGUUUACCCCUAGUUAAUAAACCUGGUUUGCGCUUAGGAGGCAACUUUGGUGUUCCUUUUAGCGGAAACUUAGGUGUCAAUUUAGGAAGUUACCCACGUUUCCCUCUAGGUGUUCCUUUCAAUGAUAAAUUUGGAAUUAAUUUAGGAAGGAACUUAGGCUUCCCCACAUUUGGUAUUAAAGAUUUUCGUUCCAUACCAUAUCUUCACUUGGGAGGCAACCGUGGAUUAGGUGGUGGUGGUAACCAGGGUUUUCCUUUAGGUGAUAAUUCUGGCCUUCACUUAGGAGGUAAUUCAGAUAGAUAUCUAGGAGAGAAUUUAAAUGGUAACAUAGGAGGUCAUAACUUGGGUGCAGAUUCACUCAGUAUUAAUAGCCGUUCCAGUCUAGAAGAUUUAAUUGACAAUAAUGAGAAAAAUAUUUUAAAUGUUGACAGUGAUGAUAACCACCAACUUAAAGAUGUGGAUAACUUAGAACAGACUAGUAAAACUAUAGAUGGUAUUCAGCAAAACACUAAUGAUAACGUUGGAAGUGACGGCCAUGAGCCUGCAAAACUAGAUGGUGAUUACCAUAAUAUUGAACUUAAAUCAAACGAUACGGAUGUUCGUGGCUUAUCCCUAGAGAGCGAAAGGAACAAUACUAACGAUUGGGUUAACAAAGCUGAGGGUGAAUCACCAAGUAAUCACGAAGACCUUAACGGAGAUAAUCUGGGUUCUGACAAUUAUAAUGAUACUGAUAAAGAAAAGCCUGUAAUUGACACUCAUUCAUCGAACAUAGAUGAGAUUUUAAUAUCACCAGAGCAUGAUAUUAUAGAAAAUACAAGACCAAUGUCUACUGAUGACCAUCUUUCAGAAAUUCCUUCAAUCAAAACUCCUGAUAAAACUAAUAACAAGGAAGAUGAUGGAGACAAUAAUCAGUUCGAGAUGAUACCAGUUCUGUUGCCAGGAGGUGGAUACGUGUUAUUACCCUCAAGUAUAUUGAGUGACAUGCCUUCUUACAUUGUCGUGAUGAUUAACGGCCAACCAACGCUCUUACAAAAUCCUAGUUAUGAUAUAAAUGACGGGCCUUUGGAUCUUAGUAAAUUAAUUUUAGCAAAUGGUCUGUCCGUUAGUGGUGCUGUGCUGCCCAGUUGGUACAACUUAGGAGCACCUACAGGAGACGAUGGAGCCACGAUUGGAGCUUCACCUGAUGGGCCACGACCGGCAUCACCUAUAUGGGUUGGAGGUAGUGAUGCUACCAUUAGUCCACUGACUAACCCUUACAGUGAAUCUAUUCCUGUCAUUGAUUCAAUUCCUAGACCUGUACCAAACCUACCAAUCUCUGUUCCUGGAAUGAUUGAUCCCGGUUUUUCACCUUCUCAUUGGAAUACUGGUUUUUCAAAUAAUAAUCAUAAUUUACAAAACCCAGGAUCCUAUGUAGACUGGGGAAAUCAAAUUGAUCCCGACAAAAAUGUUGAUGCUAACAUUGCCAAUCCCACAUCAACACUACCUACGUACCCCUACCCUCAGAACCCAUAUCCUUAUCUUCAUCCACCCUCUUUUAACUCAAAUUAUCCUACCACUUACCCCUCUGCAAAUAACAAUAACUAUUCUGGCAAGAAUGGACCCAUUGACGACAAUAAUGAUACAUCGCAUCCACAAGUCGUCAAUCCAAAUGACAUGUCAUCAUCAGAUCCAAGGAAACCUUAUCCAAAUUAUUCAUUAAAUCCUCGUCCUGACACUCAUAUAAACGUUUCUGAGGGUAAACCACCGAAAGAAAGAUAUGAGCUUCAUCCACAACCUCAGACAGGUCCUGAUGGUAAGUCCCAUCUAUAUACUCAUCCAUUCUAUCCACAGAAUGAUUUUCACGAACCAAAUCCAGAUAUAUCUAUUGAGUCAGGACACCGUGAUGAUGAACGGAAUGAACUCCAUCCGGAUAAUUGGGACGAUAAAAGUAUUGAGCGUGGUCGUUUAGAUCUUUGGGAUGAUUUAAAAUCUGAGUCCAGUCAAGAGGAUCGGGAUGAUGUAAAAGUAAUUGACGCUCACUCAGACCACCAGCACGGUAAAUGGACUAAGCACCACCCUAAUUUACAGGACAAUAAUAGAAAAGAAAACGCCCCAGAUCACCGAGAUGAUAUAUGGAAUAAGCUCCACCCGAAUCAGUGGCAUGACAAAAGUAUUGAGCCGCACCCGGACGAUCGCGAUGAUAAAAAGAUUGAGUCCCAUUUAGGAUACAAAGACGAUAAAAGGAUUGAACCUCAAUCAAAUCACUGGGACGACAAAAAGGUACAGUCACACCCACAGCUCACGGACGAUGAAAGGAUUAAGUUCCACACGGAUGAUUGGGACAAUAAAUGGAUUGAGCCUCACUCAAAUGACAGGAACGAUAAAAAGUUUGAGCCCCGCCCAGAUCACUGGGAUGAUAAAACUAUUAAGCCCCAUCCAGACGACUGGGAAGAUGAAAGGAUUGAGCAACACCCAAAUCACUGGGAGGACAAAAAGUAUGAGCCACACCCAGAUCACUGGGACGAUAAAAAGAUUGAGCUCUCCCCACAGCACUACUGGGGAGAUAAAAGAAUUGAAUCUCACCAUAAUCAGUGGGAUGGCAAAAGGUUUGAGUCCCAUCCAGAUCAUUGGGACGAUAAAAGCGUUGAUUCGAACCCAGAGGACUGGGAGGAUAAAAGGAUAGAGCCUCAUACAGACCAUUGGGACGGUGAAAAGAUUAAGUCCCACUCAGAUCAUUGGGACAAGGACGAAAAAAGAACAUAUCCUCAUCCAGACGUUAAUAUUCCACAUGAUCAUCAACCGGAAUCCCAAACAGACGAUCUAACUCUUACUCAUUCAGUAAAUCUACCAAAUAUACCAUUCCAUCCUGAGCAGGAUCAUGGUAUACCACAUCCAGAUAUUCCAGGUUUUCAUUUCACUCUUCCACGGCCUACCAAUGUGGACAAAUCAGAAAAAAACAGCUUGGUUAAUGGCCUCAUUGACAGUCUAAAUAUCCUGUUAAAGUACCCCAACAGAGAUGGUAAUGAAUCUAAGGAAGUCAGAUCUUUGAUAAAAUUACUUCUCGCAAUUUUGAAACCUGGUGAUAGGAACCAAAUGUUAGUACCGAAGCUGAAUGAUGAUGUUGAAAAUGAACUAGACUUGGCUAAUGUAAACCACCUUCUCCUCCAUCUCUUGAGUGGAUAUUAUGAACCAAAUCUGAAGCUAUUACUUGAUCCUAGCUUAGACGAAAGUACACGGACUAAUCUAAUUCUCCUUUUGAAACUGUUGGUGAAAAAUCAGGACCCAUCUCCGCCUAAGGGAACAGAAAAUCCUUUGCUCUACUUCUUGGGGCAGUUUCCUUGUGACCUGUCGAAGAAACGAGAGGAAUCAGAAGCACUGUCCAGUAAAUUAUUGCAGUUGUUAGCUGAGAAUAGUGACCGAGGCGAUCUGCACACGAGGCUGGAAAGAACGGUUGCACUCGUUAGUCAGUGAGUGAAGAGUAAGGGAAGACGCAAACUAAGAGAAAAUAAUGUAUUAAAAUAAAAGUGUUAACAAAUGACUAUAAAAUAAUUAGAUUUAGAAAAAGAAGAGAUUAUAAUUGGAAACAAAUGAAGUUAAAUACGGGUCGCUAGAAAUGACAGUUUGGAUUAUAAAGCAAGUCAUACCUAUUAUGUUCUUAUUUAUUACAUAUUUCAAAAGCUUGUCUACGAAAAACUGAUGUGAAAAUAUUGUAUAAAACAGUACUGUCAUGUUGUAAAUGUAAUUUAUCGUGUCCAUUGUUACGGCUAAUGAAUAAAUAUGUCAACAUUAUUCAAUGGAUGUUUUUGAAUAUAAUACGAAUGUUGAAUCAGU